AUGGGUCAGGCCCUCCCCCCAGCCUCAGUAUCCACGGUGUGCACAGAGUACUACACGCUGAGCUCCACCGACACGUGUGCGAGCGUGCAGAGCGCGUAUGGGCUCACGGCCACGGAGCUGUACCGGCUCAACCCGGGGCUCAACUGCAACAACCUCAUUGAUUAUUCUGACUCCUCGCUCUGUGUGGCGCAAGCCAAGUUUGGCGCCUCAUCAUGCAGCAAGCGCUACACAGUGAAGUCGGGGGACACGUGUGCGGCCAUCAUCUACAAGUACUUCCGAGGGAAGACCUCGUACGUCAGCAAGCUCAACAACGGCUUCGUCUGCACCUCCUCCUCGCUCUACGUCGGCCUCUCCCUCUGCGUCUACAACCUGUGA